AAGUUGUGGGAUCAAGAGGUGGCGCUCUUUAUCAGACCCGAUGUGAAUGGGCCUUGAUUUCACAGAAAAGGAUUAUAAUUUUACAUUUAUGGCCGAAUUUGAUACGUAUAAUACUCUCAGAAACAAUUGUAUUAUCUGCGACCUAGAUAAAUUGAUCUAGUGCAGGAAUCGAAAACAGGACACUGCUCCUGCAAAUGCAACCGGCAGGCUUGACAGACACAGUUUCACUUUUCUGACUGAGCACCACUCCCGAUCCCGUUACUCAGCGAGAGGCGCGCUUGUCAACCGAAUAGCAAGGCACUGGAUGGAUGGAACGACGUACGACUGGUACAGAGGAGCUCGUGGGUCGUAGAAUUGGAACUGGAAGGAGCUAACUUCAUAUCGUCCUUGGCUAAGCCUAAGUUAAUCAACAUAUAAGAAAGGAAAGGGAUUGUGUUUUUUUAAACAUGGCGACUAAAAGAGCAUGGAAGCUACAGGAGCUGGUCGCUCAUAGCGGCAAUGUUAAUUGCCUGGCUCUUGGGCCCAGAAGUGGCCGGGUAAUGGUGACUGGUGGUGAUGAUAAGAAGGUCAAUCUAUGGGCUGUUGGCAAACAGAAUUGUAUCAUUAGUCUGUCGGGUCAUACAUCGUCGGUUGAAAGUGUGAAAUUCAACGACAGUGAGGAAUUGGUGGUUGCUGGUUCGCAGUCUGGCACAAUGAAGAUAUAUGAUCUAGAAAAAGCAAAAGGUGUAAGAACAUUGACUGGUCAUAGAAAUAGUAUUAAAUGCAUAGACUUUCAUCCAUAUGGCGAGUUUGUGGCAUCAGGUUCUAUAGACACAAAUGUCAAGCUAUGGGAUGUGAGAAGAGGAGGAUGUAUCUAUACGUACAAGGGUCAUUCAGACCAGGUCAACAUGAUCAAGUUCAGUCCAGAUGGAAAAUGGCUUGUCACAGCAAGUGAAGAUAAAACGAUAAAGCUUUGGGAUCUAACAAUGGGCAAACUAUUCCAAGAAUUCAAGAACCAUACAGGAGGUGUUACUGGUAUAGAAUUUCAUCCUAAUGAAUUUCUCUUAGCUUCAGGCAGUGCAGACAAGACCGUUCAGUUCUGGGAUUUAGAAACCUUUCAACUUGUCAGUUCAACCAGCGCAGGUGCAAGCGCUGUUAGAACAAUAUCAUUCCAUCCGGACGGUUCCUACCUAUUCUGUGGCAGUCAAGACAUGCUUCAUGCAUUUGGCUGGGAACCAAUCAGAUGCUUCGAUACAUUCUCCAUGGGCUGGGGCAAGGUAGCAGACACCAUCAUUGCAUCGACCCAGCUCAUUGGUGCGUCGUUCAACGCCACCAAUGUGUCCGUCUAUGUGGCAGAUCUUUCGAGAAUGAGUACUACCGGUCUAGCCCAAGAGCCCCUGAGUCAACCCAGUAAGGCACCUUCUGCCAAAGAGGAGGUCCCAUCUAAGCCCCUCACAGCUAGCGGAAGAAAGAACUUUGUCAGAGAAAGACCUCACACUACAUCCAGCAAACAAAGACAACCUGACAUGAAGUCUGAACCUGAAAGGCAAUCUCCCACGCAAGACGAAGGUGGUGCUAAGGAUGAUGACGCGACAGACAUCAAAGACCCAGACAGCUAUGCAAAGAUAUUCAGCGCAAAAUCAAGAGUUGACCGAUCACCGGAGAGAAGUGCACAACCCUUCCCUGCACCGUUGGAUGUUCCUGGUGCACAGGAGCCUCAACCUGUCAAACACCAACCCCAACCAGCAGCAGCAGCAGUGGCGCCUGCCAGCAGAGCCCCUGCACCAUCAGCCAAUGAUUGGCAACCAGCCCAUGCAAAUGUAGCCCCGUCGAGAGUACCUGCUGCCACCAAGCCUGUACCAGCACAAGAGGUUGCUCCUUCAAGCAGACCUGACCCUGCAUCCACCAUCAUCCCUUCAGACAGAAACAAGCCAGCCAACUUAGAUAUGAAUGCAUUCCUACCGCCUGCCAAUGCAAACAAAGCACCUGAUGUAAAUGCACCAUCGUCGAGGAAGCCGAGUGACAGUGAACGGAUGGAGGGUCUGAGGAAUGGGCACAAGUCUAUGUGCCAAGUUCUUUCAAGUAGACACCGGAAUCUAGACAUCAUACGGGCUAUCUGGUCUGAAGGAGAUACAAAGACAUCUGUGCAGUCGGCUGUGAAUAUGAAAGACCAAGCAAUACUCGUAGACAUUCUAAAUAUUAUGCUACUUAAAAAGUCAUUAUGGAACUUAGAUAUGUGUGUUGUUACUCUACCAAGUCUCAAGGAUCUCCUAUCCAGCAAAUAUGAGAACUAUGUCCACACAUCUUGUGCCUGCCUGAAGCUGAUCUUGAAGAACUUCACCGGUCUUAUCAACCAGAAUAUCAAAUGCCCACCGUCUGGUAUAGACAUCACCAGGGAAGAAAGGUAUAACAAGUGCAGUAAGUGUUACAACUACCUUAUCGCCACACGGGGCUACGUGGAGGACAAGCAGCACGUCUCGGGCAAGUUGGGCAGCACGUUCAGGGAACUCCACCUCCUACUAGCCCAACUAGAAUAGGGAGAGGGGCCUCCAUCUUUCCUGACAAGUUUGUGUGUGUUUAAUUGACAAAAUAAGAUAGUCUUUGUCUAUAAUAGCUCUGUUUAUGCUUGAUCAGGGCCAUGUUACAUAAGAGAUACAAACAAUGGUAAAAUCGUGCAUUACUAUAAAGUCUAUGGCAAACCAUGUACAAAAAUGUCAUUAUUACCUGUUGAUAUUGAUUGUAUCUGUUUAUGUUACACCUGCCUGGAGGAGUCGGCAUGGAGCUUGCGUCUUUGCAAAAUCAAAGCCUUGGCAGACAGAAGGACGUACCCCUAUAUUGUUUUGAUGAUAAGAGGCAUCUAUCCCCUAAUCAUGUGGUUUAGGGGAGAAUGCCUGGGUUGUGAUACCCAAAGUCCUUUGGAAGCAUAUAGAGAUUUGCACUUUUCAUUAAAAUAUAUGUUCCUUUCUUCCAUUUUCACAAAAUAUCAUUUUUCGAUAUAGAUUAUACAAAAUUAUCAUGGAAGAGGAUGAAUACAUAAUAGAUUUGUGAAUGGAAGAAAGGUGAUUCCCUAAAAGCAGUAGCCUAUCUGAUAUGCGCCGGGCUAUAGUGGGCAAGUUACUGGUCGCGAAGCAGACUGACGGGCGGGGGCGAAGCCCGAGCGCCUGUCAUCACCGUUAAAGUCAUCAAUAUGCAUAUAUGGUUAUCAUAUGCGUGACGUACAUUUUAUUAUGCAUCACUCAUGAGAUAACCCUUGGCGAUCAACUGUAUUUUUUAACUAAUCAAAUAUCAUCGCAGUCUACGUCACGUUCAAGCAUCGUCGCUUAUUGGUCCGUGUUUGCGGACAGUUAUGAAUAUUUAUAUUGAAUCUUAGUUGGGGGUUCGUAGAAUUUCUACAAACGGAACAAGGUAAAUAACCAGUGAAUAUAAACCCAAGAAGAGAAGCAAUCUUAUUGGAAAGAGUAAAAUGAGAGGAACAAUUUAAA